CUAGAAUUCUGAAUUCACAAUCAGGGGUUUUUUUUAGCUGCUGAAUCUUCUGUUCUCUCGGGGUAAGGCGCAGGUGGACCCAUGUGCAAAAUGGAGAGUUGUUGGGGGUUGUAUGUUUCUUUUUCUUUUGUUUUUCUCAAUGGCUUGGCAUUGGUGACACAAGUCUCCCCUGCUAAAAAAAAAAAAGAAAAUUUUAGACUAGCCUGAAUUUACCAGAAUAGGAGCAUAUAAGUUCUCAGACAGUCAUUUUCUUGUUUUCCACACUACUGUCGUCAUGUUCACUAACACUUUGGUGUUUGUCUCGUUAUGUUUGGUCCAUGUAGGCUGCUCUGCAGAAUGUCCAGCAAGGACCGCCACAUUGAGUCGAGUUGCCCCUCCUACAUAAAGACGGAACCUUCCAGCCCUGCCUCACUGACGGACAGCGUAAAUCACCACAGCCCCGGCGGUUCCUCAGACGCCAGCGGUAGCUACAGCUCCACCAUGAACGGCCAUCAGAACGGUCUGGACUCACCCACUCUUUAUGGCCCAACCGGUGCUCUGGGUCCCAGCGGAGCCGGAGCAAAGCGUUACGAGGACUGCUCCAGCACCAUCACGGAGGACUCACAGAUUAAAUGCGAGUACAUGCUGAACUCCAUGCCCAAGCGCCUGUGUCUGGUGUGCGGGGACAUCGCCUCCGGCUACCAUUACGGUGUCGCCUCCUGCGAGGCCUGCAAGGCCUUUUUCAAGAGGACCAUCCAAGGAAACAUUGAGUACAGCUGUCCCGCCACCAAUGAAUGUGAGAUCACCAAACGUAGAAGGAAGUCCUGCCAAGCCUGCCGCUUCAUGAAGUGUCUGACCGUCGGCAUGAUGCGAGAAGGUGAGAGUAAUAAAAAAAAAUGCUUGGCGAGGGGAGAUAAUGAACAUUUUAUCCAUUGUCCAACUGUAUUUCUUACUCUGUCUACCGUUCUGAGGAAAUGCAGAGGUUUCCAUAAGGGGGGAAAUAAAGUAGAUCAGGUCUAGAAUAAAGUCAAGGUUGAAACUGAAGGGCCGGUUGGCCUCGUGCCCCGAAGGCCACUCACGGUCAGCCAAAUGCCAUCUUUUGCCUUGGCCUCCAGGCACAGUUCUAACUAACAAGACUGGUUAUUAUUUAGAGAGCUGGCCUGUGAGGCAUUUUCUCAGAGGUCUGCCAAACGGACAAGCAUUUAUUUUCAAACCACCGCUCUCCUGUGGAAACACAGGCUCUUGGCUCUCCAGGCUUUCCCGCCUUUGAUGUUAAAAGUUUACAGAGGAGCUGCCUGAACUAGCCUUUAACCUUCACAUAGGAAAAAAGUCCUUUGUGAUAUCUCCAGCAGCAGAAAUGCGGCACGGCAGCUUAUUUCCUCACUUUUCAUUCAGGUGGACAGGAAGUGUUUUGUCUGCCUCUGAAAGAAUAGCCAUCAUAGGUGGGAGAGGGAAGACUUGAGGGAGGAUGAGAGGUAGGCUAUGCUUCUGUCACUCACAGAACUGGACCUCUUAGAGGCGCAGGUGACGGCAUUUAUAGGCUCACAGAUGUGUGUGUACACAACGCUAUGCCCCUUUAAGUCAAGAUCAGGUAGACUGCACCUUAUUCACUGAGACACGAGACCAGACACACACACACAAACCCUGCGGCCAGCCUUCCUUCUGUGGACCUGAGUGGUCAGCUCACAUUAUACCAAAACAACGCAGCUGGAGAGCAACAGCAGGCGCAAAUGCCCCACAGGUCCACAUUUGUUUGUGUUGAGUGUAAGAGUGUGCGUAUUUUGCCUGUGUGAAAUGUUUCUUUUUCAUGUUAUCCAUCUUUUUCUCGCACACACGUGCACACGCACACACAUAAAUGGCAAUCUCAUUCAACGCUAUUGUUGCCCUGUGCAGGGACAUUUGCCUACACGGCCUGUGUCGCUGACAGGUAGGUAAUUGAUAAGUAGAGGCCUGUUUUCAGAAAGGUCUGAGGGAUGCAGUUGCAUGUUUGAUAUGGCAUCUUCUCCCAUGAGCACCCAGACAAAUAGCAGCCUUUUGUUCUUGCUGCUAGCCACCCAAACACACAUAUAUCAAAAUGGCACCCAAUGGCACAGCCAUUUGUUGUAAAGUGCUUGAAUUUAAUACAGAGGUCCCCCUCUACAUAUG